AUGGCGGGGACAAACGAUUUCGCUUUUUGCUACAUGAGUUAUCUAAUUAAUAGGGUGUUGAGGAGGAGAUUGUGGAAGCUUGGCACAUCAAAGACAGUGAGGAGGAAGAAGAUCACAGAUUACCUAAACACUGUGAGCCCAAGGAAUUUAUUUGGAAUUCGGACUUGGAGAGUCGGCAGUGAUUAUGAAAAUGAAGAACAGGUGAAACAAAUUCGUGAAUCCCGAGGUUACUCUCACAGUUGCAUUUUAGAUUUGCAUCCAGAGAGGCUGCCAAACUUUGAGCAAAUACUGAAGAAGAUCUUUGUGGAGCACCUGCACCUCGACGAUGAGAUCUCUUAUUGCAUCCAAGGCAGUGGGUAUCAUGAUGUGAGGGAUGAAAAUGAUCGAUGGAUCAGAAUAGCAGUGAAGGAAGGGGUCAUGAUCUUGCUGCCUGCUGGGAUUUAUCAUCGUUUAGCUCUCGACCUCAAUAACUACCUCAAGAUUCUAAUCUUCAACGCCGGUCCAGCAGUCGGCAUCACCACCUAUGAACGUCCCGGUGAUGACCUUCCGGCGAGGUGUGCAUUUAUUUUGUCGGCACGGCCAGUAGAUUGCUUGUUCUGAAUUGAACUGGGAAUUGAUAGUUUGAACAUGCAUAUCAUACAGGAAGCUGUACUUGGAGACGCUCCACAAGAAGGGUUGUUGAUGGAGAUUCGUAUCAUUCAGUAUCU